AUGAACUAUUGUUCCAAACAAGGUUCUGGAAAUGCAAAAGUUGUAGAUCCUAGUUUAGAAGCAUCUCGCAACUUGAAGGUUAUGAAGCAUUCAACUAACUCUGAACUAAAAGUGAAAUCCUUUAAUAUGAGCAUGCCGAGAGAUUUGGACAUUAAUUUGUAUAGUAGUGGUCUCAGAAGACAUUCAUCUCCUGAUCAAAGAGGGAAAAAUAACUUCAAUUUAAAGGAAUUUCUUCAUAGCUGCCAACAAUCUCUUUCAAAUAAAAUUGAGAGGUUCUCUCCAGUGAGUUUAGAUUGUGGAUCCAGUUUAUUGAAUCAAAAUGCUGACAGAUAUGAAAAUGUGUCAAGAAGAUAUGAAAGUAGUUCUCAUAGGGAAACACCACCCCCAACCUUUUUAAUUAGUAGAUUGAAAAUGCUUCAAAAGGCUGAAUCGGUUAAUAGAGAAAACAGUACUUCAGAGUGUGCCAAGAGUGAAACACAUUAUGAAAAUUCUAUUUUGAAAAGACUACAUUAUAAACUGAAUUUUAAGAAAACAAGUGAAAUAGAGAUCCCUGUUUUUGAGCCUGAUCAAGUCUUGACUCAUGAGGAUCCUAGUGAAUACAAUUUGAAUUUUGCUGAUGAACAUUUUGGUGCUCCGGAAAUUUCUCAUGAUGACAUAAAAAAUACUGCAGUUGGCCUUAAUAAUAUGCUUGGUGUUGAUGAUGUUUGUAUUGCAACAGAUUCAAAAGACAGUAAUUCUAAUGAGAACAGUAUGGCAUUGGAAAGCUUGAAUAACUUAAAUCUAUCAGAUUCCGAGCUUGAAAUUGAUGGUAGCUUUAUUCAUUCAGAUGAUAAAGUAAGACUGGAAUCUAAUGAUCAGCGUUGUGUCGUACCAAAUGAAGAUUAUUAUGGUCAAGAGAGUAUUCAGAAUGAUAGCCACUGUGCUGUAAAUGUGAACAAACAUGAUUCUCUGAUUAGUCGGCAUCAAGAAAAUCAAGUGGAAGUCCAUAUUGAAGAUUCUGUGGAAAUAUUAGAAGAACCCAGUAAAUCGACUGAAAAUUAUGAAUUUCUUCUAAAAGUUGAAAAUUUGGACAUUGUUGAAAACAUUUCAAAUUUUAACUGCCCUAUAUGUUUGGGAGAUUUCGAAAGUGGUGAAGGUGUUGUUUUGCAUGAAUGCUUACAUACUUUUUGCAGGGAAUGCCUGAUAAACGCCAUUGAAUUUACUCAGGAUGCCUUGAUUAAGUGCCCUUAUCGUGACAGAAAAUAUUCUUGUGAAAAUCAUUUGCAACAAAGAGAAAUAAAAGCACUUUUAACAUUAGAUGCAUAUGAAAAGUAUCUGCGAAGAAGUAUUAAAGCCGCUGAAAGUCUUGCAGACAAUAGCUUCCAUUGCUUGACUCCUGAUUGCCCGGGUUGGUGUAUGUUUGAAAGCAGUAUCAAUAUCUUUCAUUGCCCUGUAUGCUAUCACUUUAAUUGUUUGAAUUGCUGCGCUAUCCAUGAAGGCUUAAACUGUAGACAGUAUCAAGAAAAAUUGAAAAAACUGCAAAAAGUUGACCAUGAUUCAGAAAAGACUCUGGCGUUUCUUAAUAAAAUGAUUGAAGACGGAAAGGCCGUGAAAUGUCCAAAGUGCGAUUUAAUACUGAUGAAGAAGUGGGGUUGCGAUUGGUUGAAAUGCUCUAUAUGCACAACUGAAAUAUGUUGGAUCACAAGAGGUCCUCGUUGGGGCCCUGCUGGUCGUGGAGAUAUUUCUGGUGGCUGCAAAUGUGGUGUUAAUGGAGUCAAAUGUCAUCCAUCAUGUACAUACUGCCAUUAGUUAUUUGCUUUUUUUUUUUUUUAAAGAACUUGAUUAUUUUGAUAGCUUUUAAAUAUCUUAUCUCAGAGAAAAGAAAACCACAAAUUUGUAAAUUACAGCAUAUUUACAAAUUUGUGCUUCUACUUACGUUGUUUGGUCUGACUUUACAUCUUUCUUGUGUUCAGAAAGUUAUGUAGACUAGAAUAGAACUUUUAAACCUAUUCUCCAUGACUGGCUUAUUAUAAUGCUAUAAAUUCAGCUUCCCCUAGCUGGAGCAUAUAUGCGAGUUUAUUUCAUGAGAGGCCGAAUCCAAAUGUUAUGAGAACUUUCUAAUUUUAAGUUUUAAAAUAUUAAAAUACAUAGUCACAAGGAGUAAUUUCAAAUUUAUUUUGGGAAGGGCAUGGAGGGAUGGGCAUCCCAUAUUUUGAUGCAUUUUAACAAGUUAAUUAGCAUGGAAAAGUUGGAACAGUAAAACCCAUCCAAACUUUCCUAUUAAACUUACCAAGCAUACAGGAGUUUGAAUAAGCAGUCACAUGAAUUCCAGUAAUAAGCAACUGAUCUCAGUUUUCAGUGUGAUAUAUAGCAGCACAUAAUCUGAAAUGCGACUUUGUACUCUGAUCUUUUAUUUCACAAAAAGUUGUUUUCUUACCUGAAAAGAAACGCUAAUCCAUGUAAACAGAGAGAGGUAGAUAAUGUUAAGUUGUUUAUGGGGGGGGGGGGGGAGAUUAUAAAAGAUAACAUGAAUUUAAAACUUUCUCUUAUUUUAUAUCAGAAAUGUUAUACCAAUUUUUAUCUCUUUAGUGUAUCAUGAUUUGAAACAGCUGAAGUAUUACUUGGUAUUUCAUAUGCAGUAGUUAAUACUGCAUUAACACAUGCAGUGCCUUAUAAAGUACAUGCUUCAGUAACAUGUAUUCCUGUGUAUUUUCCAUCCUUGUUUUAAUUUUAAUGCAGACUUUUUUAGUUGAAUGUAUCUUUUUUUUUUUUUUGCAAAUCAA